GGUGGGGGAACAAUGCACCGGAGUCCCAGCUCGGCCGCUGUGAUCGCGGGAGGCGGCCCCGGGGGUGCAGGCUGCAGCCAGAGCGAGCCGCCCGCUUGGAGCCACCGCAGGACGCCGCUGGGGAAAGGCGUCCCGCUCCCGAGAUGGAGUUCGACUCUUACCAGCAUUACUUCUACGACCACGACUCGGAGGAGGAUUUCUACCGAUCCACCGCCCCCAGCGAAGACAUCUGGAAGAAAUUCGAGCUGGUGCCCACUCCCCCCACGUCGCCCCUGUGCAGCGCGGCAGGGAAAGCCUGUUGCCCCGGGGCAGAGGAGAGGUCAGACUGGCUCUCCCACUGCUGCCUGGCCGGGGAGGAGCCGGAGUAUCUGAUCGGCACCGGGGAGAUCUUCGGGAACCUGAGCGCCUUCGUCCUCCAGGAUUGCAUGUGGAGCGGCUUCUCCGCCCGGGAGAGACUGGAGAAAGUUAUGACCGAGAAACUCUCCACGGGCACGCAAAGGGUUAAUCCGCCCAAGCCCUCCUUUGCCCAGGAGUUCGGGUUCAACAACUCGGUGAGCGAGUGCGUGGAUCCUGCUGCCGUCUUCCCCUGCCCCUUGGCCGAGAACAAACCCCCCCCCGCCGCCGCCCCCGGGGCCGAGAGGCGCUGUGAUUCUGAGGGUGAAGAGAUUGAUGUGGUGACAGUAGAGAAGAGACAAUCGCUCAGCAUGAGGAAGCCGGUCACCAUCACGGUGCGAGCCGACCCCCUGGACCCCUGCAUGAAACACUUCCACAUCUCCAUCCAUCAGCAACAGCACAACUAUGCUGCCCGCUCUCCACCAGACGCCUGCUCCCAGGAGGAGGCCUCGGAGAAGGAGAUCAAGGAGGAGCCCCUGAGCAGCCCAGAGCAAGCCACAGAGAGUUCAUUGCCUGAGCCUUGCUUGCUGAAAACCGGGAGUGCCCCGAGCUCAGAUAGCGAGGACAUGGCCAAGAGGAAAAACCACAACUACUUAGAACGCAAGCGGCGAAACGAUCUGCGCUCACGCUUCCUGGCACUGAGGGAUCAGGUCCCCGGUCUGGCUAACUGUCCCAAAACCCCCAAAGUGGUGAUCCUGAGCAAAGCUUCAGAGUACCUGCAGUCGCUAGUUAGUGCAGAGAGGAGGAUGGCUGCAGAGAAAAGGCAGCUGAAGUUGAGACAGCAUCAGCUGCUGAAACGAAUCACCCAUCUCAAGGGACGUUAGCUACCAAAAACUCGACACCUUUCCAAUAUUGAUUUGCACAUUUUUGGUUAUUGUGAAACCUCCAAACUACAUAUCCCAGAAUGCACUGCAGCCAGCGCACACAAAUAUGGCUUGCGUUCUAGGAAAUUUAAACUGUGUGUGCGGGGGGUGGGUUCUUUGUCUCCCUUAUCCACGUCUGGUCUUGGGUUCCUCCUUUAACAGAGCAGGGAGUUGCCAGCUGUGGGCUGAGUUAACUCUUAGCCUUUGGGGAUGCUGGUAUGUUGGCACCGGAGUAAUGUAGACACUGGAUUUUGCAAGACCCUUGGGCUGAAAUUUUCAAAAGUGACCAUUGAGUUUUGGGUGUCUUAUUUUGAGGGUGUCCAGCUUGAAGCACCUGGGCCCUGACUUCCAGAGAUGCUGAGCAUCUGAACAGAGAUGUGGAACAAUGCCUGCUGAGGCCUACAGGAGGUGCCUCUGAACUUCAGGCCUCAGAUGCCUGAAAUUGGGCACUCAAAAAUUGAGGCCAUUUUCCAAAAUAAGGGCCCGAGUGGACAACCCUAACCUAGAGAUGGCAGGAUCCUCCUUCAGACAGAUAGGACCUGUCACUGAAUCCAACUAUUCUGUGAAUUUACUUUCAUACACACAAUUUUGGGUGGAUCACUAACAUGGCCGUUGCUGCCAUGCACCUAGUAAGUUUGAUUCCACUCCUGUCAUUCAACCCAACCCCAGCACCGGUUCCCCUGAUGUGGUACUCUUCCACCAUCCCUUCCCUAACCCACCCUCGGUGUCUGUACUGGUCCGCCUCCCCAGUCACUAGCUGGCACAACAUCCCACAUCCUAUUCUACAUCAGGGGGACUGAGAACAUGUGCCCAACACAUCCCCUCCAGAAGAAGUCAUUACAUUCUCAAGUGGCUCCCACUCCACUGCACCUGGGUAGAGAGAAUCUAGGCCAGGGUGUUCAGAUCCAGAAUGCAAGGGGGUUGCAAUCCAGUGGUCCAGUUUGGGUCCAUCUCUCUAGAAGCAGUGACAGUUAGGGACUGCCUAGAGGUGGGUUGGGGCCAGGGCUGCUGUUAAAGACCCUUUUUCUCCCAGGGGUGGGUGGAUGCAUGGAUAAACUCCUAUCACUGAAGAAGAACCAAGACCAGCUUGACAUGGGCUAUACCUCACUUUCUUACCACUUUACACAGUAGCUCGUCUUGAGGUUUGUGUUCUAGAAGCUGCUGCUGUAACUGCCUGAGUCUUGUACUGGAGGACCUUUUUUUAAUACUGUAUUUUUGUACAACUUUUUGGAAGAGUAUUGUUAAAGAUUUGUCUCUUUUGUAAACCUUUUUUUGGGGGGAGUGUGUGCAUUGUCCCUGCUGCAGCGUGGAGAGUAUGUGUUUGGGGGAUGGCGUGUUCCUGAUGCCUUUCUAGGGGAGUCCAAGGAGGGUCCUAUGUUCUGAUUUACUGUUUGGAAUUUAAGUGAGAGAUUCCUCAUGGGAUGAUGUUAGCUGGGGCCCAGCUCCUCAAGCAGUACAAUGGGCUAUUGAAUGGGGUUUCUCUCUCUCUUGCAAUGAGGGUGAAAAUUAUCCUGUUUGCCUGACUUUCACAUAUUCCCCAAAAGCAGGCUCUUAGGAGCUGUGCUGCCGAAGAUCCCAGGUGUAGCCCAGGACUGACAGCAAGGACUGAUCUAAUUGCUGCCUGGAGUUACUUUGUCUUUACUAGAAAAGGAGUACUUGUGGCACCUUAGAGACUAACCAAUUUAUUUGAGCAUGAGCUUUCGUGAGCUAC